ACAGUUAUGGAUUCAUCAGAUGAUGAUAUUGAAGAAUAUCUUUUCAAGAUUGUAAUAAUAGUGAUUCAGCAGUUGGAAAACAAAUUUAUUAUCAAGAAUAAUGGGCUAGAAGAUGAGUUCAACUUGCAUUCAAAAGCAACAAUUGGAGUUGAGUUUCAGACCCAAGUUCUUGAAAUUAAUGGUAAAGAAGUAAAAGCUCAGAUUUGGGAUACUGCUGGUCAAGAAAGGUUUAGAGCUGUAACUUCUGCUUAUUAUCGUGGUGCUUUUGGUGCAUUACUUGUUUAUGAUAUUAGUCGGAGAAGUACUUUUGAAAGUGUUACGAGGUGGCUUGAUGAGCUUAAUACUCAUUGUGAUACAACAGUCGCGAAGAUGCUGGUAGGAAACAAAUGCGAUUUGGACAACAUUAGGGAUGUUAGUAUUGAAGAAGGCGCAAAGCUUGCAGAAGCAGAAGGAUUGUUCUUCAUGGAGACAUCCGCAUUAGAUUCUACGAACGUUAAUAAGGCAUUCGAGAUUGUUAUCCGCGAAAUCUACAGCAAUGUCAGUCGAAAGGUCUUGAAUUCGGAUUCCUACAAAGCGGAGUUAUCUAUUAACAGGGUAAGCCUCGUAAAAGAUGACGGAGAAGGAUCGAAACGAUCUUGGAGCAGUUGUUGCUCAAGAUGAGCCCUGCUUCUAACUGAUUAUAUAUAGUUUGUUACUCAAGAUUAAGAGGUUUUUCAGUAUUUAUUCAUUAUUGCUGAAAAGUACAAGGCUCUAGCAGCCAUAGCAUUUACCAAUUUUCUUUGAAGACAUUUUUAAGAGAGCUGAGAAAACAAAAAAAAAAAACUUUCUUUCUUACUCUUGUUGUUGUACUUCUGCUAGGAAUUUCAUGUUCUUGGUUUAGUUUCAACUCUGAAUUAAGGUUUGAUUUGUUUGAAGGAGUAGGGGAAGAGUAAAGAAUUGGAUAACA